AAUGCGGUUAGUCCUCCCUCCUCCUUUUUUAUUUGCAUACAAGAAAGUCUACAAAAAGAAUGAACACAACUAGAUUCUUGCUCGUAUUAACUUCAAUUCAGUUUUCUUUUCUGUGCACCACUUUAGCCAUCUUUCAUUUUUGAUUCGAUUUUAGAUAACAUGGGUUUAUCUUUGCAUAGAAGAAGAAAUUUAUUAACUUUAUUAAUCAAUCCCGUUGCUCCACAACUUUCCACAAAAUCCGCUUCAUUAUCGUCUUUAAUCAAAAACCCCGAAAACCCAUGUCCCAGAAACCUUCAAUUAGAAAAUCCUUUUAGGGUUUUGAAAAUCGGUGCUUCAUUUUCAACACAGACUUCAAAGUUCCCUGAAUAUGAGAUGCCUUCGGUCACUUGGGGUGUGGUCCAAGGCAAAAGGGAAAAGCUUGUUAAUCGUGUUAUUAUAUGUGAUUACCUUAAGUCUUUGGGGAUAAUUCCUGAUGAAUUAGAAAGCUUAGAGCUUCCAUCUACUGUGGAGGUGAUGAAGGGGCGUGUUGAGUUCUUGCAGAAGUUAGGAUUAACCAUUGAUGAUAUUAAUGAGUACCCUUUGAUGUUAGGAUGUAGUGUGAGGAAAAAUAUGAUACCUGUGUUAGGUUAUCUGGAAAAGAUUGGCGUUAGUAGGUCAAAACUUGGGGAGUUCAUUAAGCAUUAUCCACAAGUGUUGCACGCUAGUGUUGUUGUUGAGCUUAUGCCAGUUGUUAAGUUUCUUCGUGGGCUAGAUGUGGAGAAACAGGAUAUUGGGUUUGUUUUGCAAAAGUAUCCCGAGCUUCUCGGAUUCAAGCUUGAAGGGACUAUGAGUACUUCUGUGGCUUAUCUUGUAAGCAUUGGUGUUAAUCCUAGAGAUAUUGGCCCAAUGGUGACACAAUAUCCUUACUUUUUAGGGAUGAGAGUAGGGACUAUGAUUAAGCCACUUGUUGAUUAUUUGGUGUCUUUGGGUUUGCCAAAGAAAAUAGUGGCAAGGAUGAUGGAGAAGAGGGCUUAUUUACUUGGAUAUGAUCUUGAAGAGAUUGUUAAGCCGAAUGUGGACUGUUUAAUUAGUUUUGGAAUCAGUAAGGAAUCACUUCCUUCAGUUAUAGCACAAUAUCCACAAAUUCUUGGAUUGCCUUUGAAAGCUAAGUUAUCUUCACAGCAGUACUUCUUCAGCUUGAAGCUCAAGAUCAAUCCUGAAGGGUUUUCACAAGUGAUAGAGAAAAUGCCGCAGAUUGUUAGUCUUAAUCAAAAUGUGAUCAUAAAACCUGUUGAAUUCCUUUUGGGCCGAGGAAUCCCAUUCGAGGAUGUAGCAAAAAUGAUAGUAAAAUGUCCACAGUUAGUUGCAUUGAGAGUUCCACUUAUGAAGAAUAGCUAUUACUUUUACAAGAGUGAAAUGGGGAGGCCAUUGAAAGAGCUCGUGGAUUUCCCUGAAUAUUUUACCUAUAGUCUAGAAUCCAGAAUAAAGCCAAGGUACCAGAGGCUGCAAAACAAGGGGAUCAGAUGCUCAUUGAAUUGGUUCCUCAAUUGUAGUGACCAGAGAUUUGAGGAAAGAUUGCAAGGUGAUUAUAUUGAAACAGAGAGUCUCGGUCCAUCUUUCGCUAUGGGUGGGAAGUUAGAUUUACCAGGGUAUGAGGUUGUAUCAGAUGAGGAAGAGGAAAGUGAUGAUGAAGUAGUUUACAGGCGAACUGUUUCUCUAAAAUAAUUUGUGAGUUAGAUCAAAGAAACGUAUUGAUAUUUAUAUUAAAUCACUAAUUUUGGCAUCAAA